AUGUCGCAAGUCAAGUUCGAGCAGAAGGAGGACAUUCGCGUCACGCAGUCGAGCGGCGCGAAUGGUGCUAGUGGAGGUACUGGAGGUACUGGUGGUGGCUUCUUCAGAGGCACAGGCGGUCCUCCGCCACCAGCAGCACCACAUCAGAAGCAUGAGGGAUUCGCGCAUGAGGUGGGAGACGCGCUCACCAAAGGCGCUGGACCUAAUGGUUACCUAGCCUGGUAUCUCAAGAAGCUCCAGACCGACCCUAUCCGCACCAAGAUGAUCACGUCUGGAUCUUUGGCUGCUCUGCAAGAGUUCCUCGCUUCCUGGAUCGCGAAGGAUCGCAACAAGCAUGGCCACUACUUCACCAGCCGCGUGCCGAAGAUGGCCAUCUACGGCGCCUUUAUCAGCGCGCCAUUGGGCCAUGUCAUGAUCUCUCUCCUGCAGCGCAUGUUCGCUGGAAGGACGAGCCUUCGCGCCAAGAUCCUACAAAUUGUCGUGUCAAACCUCAUCGUCUCACCGAUCCAAAACGCAGUCUAUCUGACCUCUAUGGCCGUGAUCGCAGGCGCUCGCACCUUCCACCAGAUCCGCGCGACCGUCCGUGCUGGCUUCAUGCCCGUCAUGAAGGUCUCCUGGAUCACUUCACCCAUCGCACUUGCCUUUGCACAAGCGUUCCUGCCUCAGGAGACAUGGGUGCCGUUCUUCAACUUUAUCGGCUUUGUUAUCGGCACGUACAUCAAUACGCACACCAAGAGGAAGAGGCUGCAAGCUUUGAGGAGAAAGUACCAGGACGGCGGCAGAAGCACUGAGACGAGAACAGAGACACGCACUGAGUAUGAGAGGAGGAGCGACAGGCCUGGACCUGGAGCAUAUCCGUAA